CCUGUGGAAACGGUUAGCUUUCCAUCAUCGAACCUGUUUAGGAGAAGUUACUUGAUAGAUCGAAAAGCAUGGGAUGGAUACAUUUCAUCGUCUACUUUCUCCUAAUAAUAAUCUGUUUAACAGGAUGCAGUGCCAAAUAUUACGGAAAGCUUAUCGGACAGUUGAAGACGAAUGCGCACGGUGUCAAAGGGACCGUUUAUGCUGCCAGCAAAAAUUCAUUCUACUUGGUGGGAUUCGAAUAUGAUGGACAAGGCCCUGAUGCCUUUUUUUGGGUUGGCACAACUCCUCAACCAUCUGUGAAUGGUUCCAUUGUUCCUAAUGAAAAAGGAUUGAAAGAAGUUUUAAAGCAAUAUAAUAAGCAAGAUAUUAUAAUUUCUCUCCCAGAUGGAAAGACUAUCAAAGAUAUCAAAUGGUUAAGUGUUUGGUGCAGAAUGUUUGCAGUAGAUUUUGGCUCAGUUUUGAUACCUGAUGAUUUUGUAUUGCCUGGAGAAUUAAACUUGGGACCAUUUCCAUCAUUUGCACAUAAUUUACGCUCAGGAAAUAUUAUUAUUAAAGAUAGUAAAACAGUUUACAUACCAAAACUUUUUUAUGAUGGUGCAGCUCCUGAUGCCUUUUUUUUGGUAGGAAAAGGAAAUCAUCCUCAUAGUUCUUCAGCAAUAAAGGUGCCAGAUGAAAAUGGAAGGUUAAUUGAAAAAAUGAUGAAACCAGAAUCUCAAAAAACGACUUAUUACGGUAAAUACAUUGGUGAUUUUAAUACACAAGCUCAUGGAGUUAAAGGAAAGGUGUAUGCUGCUAGUGAUAAUUCCUUUUUUAUAAAGGAUUUCAGUUAUGAUGGACAAGGACCUAAGGGACAUUUUUGGGCAGGUGAUACAGCUGAACCAUCUCCAAAAGGAUAUAUUGUUUUGGAUGAAUUUGGAACUGAAGAAGUUUUAAGGGAAUAUAAAGACAAAGAUAUUAUUAUUACAUUACCUGAAGGAAAGAAAAUUAAAGAUAUUAAAUGGCUUUCAGUUUGGUGUGAAAAGUUUUCUGUUAAUUUUGGUUCUGUUGAGAUACCAGAAAAUUUCCAGCCUCCUGAAGAGAAAAACCUUGGUCCUUUACCUUCUCUAGCUCAUGGUGUCAAAUCUGGUCCUGUAAUUAUUAAAAACAUUAAAACAAUAUUUAUAUCAAAUUUAUAUUAUGAUGGUGCAGCACCAGAUGCAUUUUUUCUUGUGGGAAAAGGAAAUGAACCUCAUGGCAUGGGAACUAAAGUUCCUGAUGAAAAUGGAAGUUUAAGCAAACUUAAAGGAUACACUGGAAAAGAUGUUUUGCUGACAUUGCCAGGAAAUUUAACAAUAUUUGAUAUAGAAUGGUUUGGGUUAUAUUGUAUUAUGUUUUCUGAAAAUUUUGGUCAUGUCAGAAUUCCUAGAGAUAUCAACGUUCCACCUGAUAUGCAAUCUCUAAAAGCAAUGAGUAUGAAUUUUGAUAAUUGUGAGGAAAUAUUUCCUGAUAAAAUGCAUGUUAGAUGGAAUAUAUUUGAUAAAAACCUCUAUGUUCAGUUAGUUGGAAAAGUUGGUGAUAAAGAAUAUAUGGCUUUUGGACUAAGUGGUAAAGAAGAUAUUGCUUAUAUGAUUGGAUCUGAUAUUGUGCUGGUUUAUUAUGAUAAGAGUAAAUUACAAGCUAAUGCAGUUGAUUAUUAUAUAACUUCAAAAGCACAAUGUUCAGGAAAAAGUGGUGUCUGUCCAGAUACUAAACUUGGAGGUACAGAUGAUAGUAAAUUGAUAUAUUCACAAUAUACAAAUGGUAUUCUCAGUGCCACUUAUAAGCGACCUCUCCAAACAGGUGAUGCCCAAGAUCAAUCAGUUCCAUCUUCUGAUCCAGUAACUGUUAUAGCAGCAAUUGGACCCUUAAAUAGUUUAUUAGAAGCUGCUUAUCAUCCUGUAUAUUAUACUAAACAUUACUUUAUUAAUAAUUCAAAUUACUUUUUACAGUGUUCAGGAAAAAGUGGUGUCUGUCCAGAUACUAAACUUGGAGGUACAGAUGAUAGUAAAUUGAUAUAUUCACAAUAUACAAAUGGUAUUCUCAGUGCCACUUAUAAGCGACCUCUCCAAACAGGUGAUGCCCAAGAUCAAUCAGUUCCAUCUUCUGAUCCAGUAACUGUUAUAGCAGCAAUUGGACCCUUAAAUAGUUUAUUAGAAGCUGCUUAUCAUCCUGUAUAUUAUACUAAACAAACAAUAAGGAUUAAUUUUGGUCGUAACCCUCCAAUGUCUAACUGCGGAGUACUUACUAAUGUUGUAAAUGAGGAAAAACCAAAACCAAAAAGUUGGUCAAUACCAAGAAUAUCUGAUGCUACUACUUUCACAGCACAGAUUGGUCCAGCAGGAGGAGAACAUGGUUAUAAAGCUAUUACAGGACAUCAACCUUGGGGUAUCACUUGGUGGAUAAAUGGAAUAUUAAUACCAGAAUUAGUGGUAGUGAGAGGACAAAAUUAUACCUUUAUUGUAGAAGGAGGAAAUGAUCCAACAAAAUCUGCUAGUUAUCAUCCACUCUACAUCACUAAUAAUAAUGAGGGUGGUGGAAGCCAGUUUCUAGAAACACUUGGUUCAGAUAAACAUAAGAUAUAUGCUGGUACUACUACUGAUGCAAAAGGAAAUAUUAUUCCCAUUGGAGUUGGUCGUUAUUGUGAGUGGAAGCAUAAAACAAUUGAUAUGGCUGAUCAAUCGCCAACAUUUGAGAGUUAUAAAGAAACUUUAGAAUUAAAAUGUGAAGAUGGGGAAGCAGGAAAAUUUACAUGGACACCAGAUGAAGAUACACCAGAUAUUGUUUAUUAUCAGUGUUUCACUCAUAGAAAUUUGGGAUGGAAAAUCUUUGUAACAGAUGGUGUCAGUCAGAUCAGGUGUAUUGCUUCGAUAGUUAUUUUACUCCAGAUAUUACUGCGGGUCAUCUAGAAUUAUUUAUUUUUAUUUUUUUGUUUUUUUUGUUUUACAGUUGAAGUUACUAUGUCAAGAGAGCUUUAUCAUUUUCUAACUUCCAGAAAUCAAAUUCUUAAAUCUGUUAUUUUGAAAAAAUUUAUCAAAAUAUUUAUACAAUAUCAUUUUUUCUUAUAAAAUUCCAAUUGUUAUAUGAAUCUGAACAGAGUCUUCAGUGCCAAUGUUUUGUAAUUAAUGGGCUCCUUCUAAUUAUUUUUAAUUUAAUUUUUAAGUGAAAUUAUUGUUCUAAAGUCCCAGUAUUUUUUUUUAUGUUUUUAAUAGUG